AUGGGUAAGGCGGCAGCAACGGCGGAGACAAUGACGAAGAAGCGGAAGAAAAAGGGACGGCCUUCCCUUCUCGACCUCCAAAAGCGAGCUAUCAAGCAAGAAUUGCAGCAGCAGCAGCUGCAGCAGAAGAAUCACCAGAAUCCUCCGCCCAAGAAUCGCAAUCAAAACCCUAUUCGCCAAAACCCUAAUUCCCGCCGAUCCGCCCGCCGGAACCCUCAUUCUGGGGGUGAAGAUGACGACGGAGAUGGAGAUGGCGACGACGACGAUGAUGAGAGGAAGGAGAAGAAGCACAAGCUUCUGCUCGGCCUGAAUUCCCAGAAGCAGCAGCAGCAAUCGAAUACCCUUUUCCGUUCCAAUUCCUCUGCCUCUAAUUCUUACGGGUCGGGUUCCGAUAAUCCCGAGGCCGGUGCGUUGGCCAUCGUCAAGUACCGCCAGAUCGGAGGUGUCCGCCCCGGAUCCGAUGAAACGGGUGAAAAGUUUUGGAAAGCGACGGACACUCUUCAUGGGUUAUCAGGGGAGGAGCCCGGUCCCACGACGACACCUUUGCCAGACAAAAAGUUGUUGGUCUUCAUUCUUGACAGACUUCAAAAAAAGGAUACCUAUGGAGUCUUCUCUGACCCUGUGGAUACAGAGGAGCUUCCUGAUUAUCUUGAUAUCAUUGACCAUCCCAUGGAUUUUUCUACGGUGAGGACGAAGCUAGAUGGCGGGGAGUACUCCAACUUGGAACAAUUUGAGGGAGAUAUUUUCUUGAUUUGUUCGAAUGCCAUGCAGUACAAUUCUUCUGACACCGUUUACCAUCGACAGGCACGCUCCAUACAAGAGCUGGCUAAGAAGGACUUUGAAAAUCUGAGACAAGACAGUGAUGAUGGCGAACCAGAAGAACCCAAAAUGGAGAAAGUAGUGAGGAGGGGCAGACCACCAGGGAAGUCAAAAAAGUCACUGGAGAAGCCUCCACUUGACCGCUUGGCAAUUGAGUUCUCGUCCGAUGCAACGCUUGCUACAGGCGGCGAUAAUUCUAUCGGAUUGAAUGGUUACAAUCUCAGAAAAACGACGCUGUUCAAGCAACCUUCUGAUGCAGUUUUGAGAAUCACGAAUGGACCUCAUAAUGGUGAAACUCACGCUUGGCAGUCAGAAUGGGAAAAUGAGUUUCCAGCUUCUGUGGUUAAGGCUGUGAUGAAACAUUCAAAGAGAACAGAUAUAGUUGAUGAGAACAGGCGUGAUACAUAUAAUCCUCCUUCCGCUUCUGCUCACAAGCCAUCUGUCUUGAAUUCGCUUGAUGGAGAACUGAAGCAACUAGUGGCGGUGGGGCUGAGCGCAGAGUUCGGUUAUGCAAGAAGCCUAGCUCAAUAUGCGGCAGGCCUUGGUCCAACGGCAUGGAGUGUAGCUUCUAAGAAAAUUCAGCAUGUAUUGCCAAUGGGAGUCGAAUUCGGUCCUGGGUGGGUAGGAGAAAACGAUGUGGUCCAGAGUGGCCGUGUUUUAUCCAAUGACACUGCAUCCGGUGAUCCAUCUAACAGUCAUCGACCCCCCUCAACCAGCACAAAUACAACACCAACCACAAAUUUGCAUCAGAUGUCGAACAGAGAAGACAUAGCAGCAAGAAGUGGAGCUGGACCAACAACUUCAUUCGACAAUGGCAUUACUCCCACCAUAAAGUCUAUGGCACUGCCGCCAGUUCAACAGCAAAUUCUAGGUGGCGGAUCUUCAUACAACUGCAGUACUUCUCAGGUUGGUGUGCUUCCAACGACACCCUACCGGCCAUUUGGCGUGGUUCAAAGUUCGUCCACAAGUUUCAGUCAAAUGCAACAGGGACAUGCUUUCGAUCCGAACAAGGGCAAGCAAGAAACUUUCGGCUCGGGUAAAGAUUUGUCAUCAGCUCCUGGCAGCAUUAGACCAACAACCACAACAGGGUUUGCUGGGAGUACCGCUGGACCUCAGGGACUACCGCCAGCUCCGUCAUACCAUAAUCAGCAGGAGCUCUUACAAUUUUCGACAGACUUAAACGUUGGGUUCUUAUCUCCAGGCUCGCCCAGUUCGUCUGGGGUUGUUCCGAUUCGUUCCCCACAGCAGCCAGACUUGGCAUUGCAGCUUUGA